AUGGCGACGACGUUGAAGGGCAUGUGGGGGCAAGUGAUGGGCAAGAAGGGAGAGGCGAUGCGGGAGCUGGAGGUCUCCAUCCGGGCCAAGGGCAACGUGACCCAGACGGAGGACGCGCUGCUCCGGGCCUGCAUGCUGUUCUCGAACCUGAGCUACACCGCGACCUCUGCGGUGGUCAGUCUCGUUGGAGCGUUCGCUUCUGGCCAAGUACAUAAAAUUGUUGGGGGUCAACCUAUGCCUCGACUAUUCAGGCUUGGUUUUUCUGCUGGUGUUGGUUUGACUGCAGGGAAGAUGAUGUAUUAUGAAUCAUUGCAUGCAACUAGCCUAUACAUAUUGGGCCGUGAAGAGGAGCCCUUUGAGCGCUUGAAAAUGGAGCUUGCUAAUAUAAUACUUACUAAGCAUAGUGAUGAAAAAUUAUCAGUUGAAGCUGUAAAAAAGCAUUUCUUUGCCGAGAAUCUCUACACUGACCAAUACCAGGAUAAAUUACUUUUCCGGUGGCGCCAACGUUACUCGUAUGUUGACAGCACCUAUCUGGAAAGGAUGAAGGAGAUUGAAGCAAACAACUCAGUGGAUAAGGACAAAACAAUGUCUGUCCAGACAACGGGAUCAUUUGGGAACCUCAUGGAGGACCCACUGGCCUGUAUACUGGGUUCUCCAGACAGCGACAUGGAGAAUGAUAAACCGCCUGAGCGCACAGCUACUAUCCUCAGGAAAAGAGACCUGCGAGCUCGGAGGAGAAGUCAGCGGCAUCAUCGUCGGCAUGCGGCAUUGUGA